AUGAUAUCUAUGAAAAAGACGGCACGUGAUGAGGUAGAUUGUAAAUCUAGGACUCGUAGACAUUCAAAGAAAUCAAAGUCGACUGAUUGUUCUUCCACAAAGGCGUCAGGAAUUAAUAUCGGUUUAGACAAGUCAAAUCAAACCUGCAGCGUUAAGAAGGAAUAUUCCAAGAAUGAAAAGCUUAGUCGUAAAUCAAAAAAGAGGAUCUUACAAAAAUCUAUUUCUGAGACCAAAGAGCUAACACAUGGGACACCAAAGUUGUUGCUUACCAGUCUACCAUGCAGUGUCAGCCAAACCAUUUUGAAGGAUAUUUUUCCAUCAGUUAUUCAUUUGAAUUUGCGUAAUACCGCGGGUUCGAAGCACGCGCUUUUAGACUUUUCAAGUAAUGACGAUUACUUAGAUGCUGUGAAUCGUUUAGAAUCAAUUGAAUUUGAUGGUGUCAAACCAAAUUAUCGAGCCAUCGUUGGAUACACAGAAAAUGUAAUCCCGUCUAAUCUGUCAAGACAAUUUGUAACUAAUAGUCCUAAUUGUUUAAUUAUACGAAACUUGCCAUACUCACUAACUGCAACUGAGAUUAGAGAACAUUUCCCCAUGGCCAAUCGUGUUCAUUUAGGUGUAAAUAAGUUUGGAAUAUUCAAUGGUUCAUGUAUAUUAGAAAUGAAGAAUAAGGAAGAUCUUCAAAUUGUUAUAAAUGAAUGCAAACAUAAGUAUAUUAAUAAUCGACUGGUUAGAGCGAAUCUACAAUGUAAAUCCAAAUCGGAAUCGUCCAAACCUCCCGAUGCAAGUAUGAGUUAUGGUUUGAAACUUAAAGAAGUGCCCAAUGUGAUUGAAGAUGAUCGAAUUAAAGCAUUAUUUCCCGAAACAACUUUGACUGGAUUAAGCUCGGCACCACUUAAAGAUUCCAAUACUAGAAAUGUGUUCAUCUUCUUCAAAAAGAGUGCUCAGCGUAAAGCGGCUUUUAAGAUGUUCAAGAAUGAAGUUAUCAUGGGUUAUCCAAUUUCCUGUCGAUUAUGGGUUCCUACUAAUCGAAGGCAUAAAUCACAAACAAAGAGUAUAGAGGAAAAAGUGAACGAUACAGUUUUAAAUUAUAGCUUACCCAAGUCAAAUGAACUCAGUGAGAAUGAAAUAAAAUGGAAUAUGGAAAAAUGUAGGAAUAUGUCUUCAUCCUUUCCCAAGAAGUUAGUAUUUGAAUCUGAUGGUGAAUAA